UUUAAUGAAGAAAAUUAAACCUAGCCUGGCUGAUGGCAGUGAUUUGGGUUUUCAUUUUGGCGUUUGCGUAACGAAUGAAGUAACUGCAGAUUACCUCAAUGACAAAGUACCAGGGUUGGUUUUUGACGAAGACCUUUGUUAUCCAAACGAGAAGAAGCUAGAAACAAAACAUUGGAUCGCAAUAGGUGUAUUAGGAUGUCUCGUUACCCUCUCCCUUCUUUCUACAGUUUAUGAUAUUAUAAUUAAUCUUUCAGGGAAAAAGCCCAACACAGCUAUUUCCUCUUUCUCUAUUUACACCAAUGGCAAACAGCUCUUGAAAUCCUCCAGUAAUGAAGAUCAUCUCCUCUGUAUAAAUGGUUUAAGAGUGCUCAACAUGAUCUGGGUGAUCGUUGGCCACGUGUAUGUCAACUAUCUGUUGGCUGGUGCUAUUGAUAAUUGGAAGGAUGCCUUUGACUGGAUGGACGAUGUUGGAAAUAUGGUAAUUAUGGGAGCAACAGUAUCAGUAGAUAGCUUCUUCACCAUUGGAGGAUUGUUAACCGUUUAUAUCUACAUGAAAUCGACUGAAACUGACCUGAAAGAAAGUGUCAAAUCGGUGCCUUUAAUGUACCUUCACAGGUAUUUGAGAUUGACCCCAGCUUUGGCUAUCCUAGUGAUGGUGUACGCCACUGGUUUGAUCGAAUUUCUUGGGAAUGGACCAAGAUGGGGCCUAAUGCAUGAGAUGGCUGUGGAAGGAUGCGAGAAAAGAUGGUGGUCAACUUUGAUCUACAUUCAAAACUAUAUGGAUUCUUCAGAACACAUGUGUGUGGAUCAAUCCUGGUAUCUUUCUGUCGAUAUGCAGCUAUUCAUUCUUUCCCCUUUGAUCUUGAUACCGUUGAAGAAAUGGCCCAAAUAUGUGUUGCCAGUGAUGGUUUGUCUAGUUGGGGCUGGAGUAGCCAUUCCUUUCUACAUCGGGUAUUCCAACAAGUUCACAGGGUUGGUUUUGGGGUCUACCACGACAACUUUUAUAAGCCAAUAUUACUACAAAACGCAUGCUAGAUUUGGACCUUAUGUGAUAGGGAUGCUGGCUGGUUAUUUCAUACAUAAAAUGAAACGAAAUGGGAAACAAAUCAAAUUGAACAUUAUUGUAUCGAUCAUUUUAUGGGCCAUAGCAAUUGGGGCAUUGAUUGCUUGUAUUUUCGAUGGAUAUAAACUGUUAAAGGACGAUGAAAAUGCCGUAUUAGAUGGACUGUAUGUCGGAUUAAACAGGUCAAUUUGGUCCUGUGCUAUUUCUCUCGUCAUCAUACUUUGCGUUUCGGGAAAUGGAGGACUGAUAAAUACUUUCCUCUCAUUGCCAACAAUGCAGUUUCUUUCUAAGCUCUCCUAUUCUAUGUAUCUGGUACAUUAUUUGGUCAUAACUGCAGUUAAUUUAGCAGCCAGAGAUACAACUCAUUUUACCAAUUUUGAGGCCAUUUUUCAGAUUUUCUCAUUUUUCAUACUUACCCUUUUAGUGUCAGUAGUCUAUACACUUCUUUUCGAAUCUCCUAUGAUAAUAUUACAGGGGAAAAUUCUCUCGAAAACGAGGAAAUGAAGGAAAAUGAUAUAAUGUUUUGUGAGACUAUUGUGAUUGUUUAUUUUUACUAUAGUUUGUUUUAUUUUGUUACUGUUUUCAAUAAAAUGUUAUUCGUAUUCUA